UUCUUUUCUCUCUCCGACAGGCGCACUCCUACAAACACCCCCCAAAAAAAUAAGUCACCAACAAAUGUCAUGCACCGUUUCCUUCAUCCUACUAUUCCAGUUCCAUUCAAUUCUCGUAACUCUUUUUCUUUUCCACCGGAGAUCUAAUCUCAACUGCUCCGCUAAUUAAAAAAAUUCCAGAACUAGAUUUACGGCUAAAUGAUUUUCUUCAAGGGAUCUUAGUUUCUGUGAAUUCUCAGAGUUUAGGGUUCUAUUCAUUCGUUUGCUGAUUCUGUUUUUCUUUUUUUUUUGGGGUGAUUAUUCAUUUUCUUUCAAGGGUUUAAUUUUAAGAGGCAGCUGAAUCGGGAAGAAGUCACGAAAAGAGUUUCAUGAAGAAUUUGUUUAAUUUGUUGUAAUUUAGGGUUUUCAAACCAUCAAUUUGUAGGUGAAAUCAUUGGUUUGAGGGCGUGAUUGGAAGAGUUUCUCUUUGGUUUGGUUUGACCUGAAGAAAAAUGAUCUAGUAGUUGUUGAAUUGAAUUUCAGCUGAAAGGUGUGUGAUUCUGGAAUUUGUGUCACCUGGUGCUGGAUUUCUGAUCUUUUGUAUCGUAGAAAAGGAAAAAAGAAUCUGAAUCUGUGUAAAAUUGCUAAGGGAGGAAAAGCUUUUCUUCAUUUUUUGGGGGUUUUAAGUGAGCAUUGGGGAUUUUGGGUCAAUGGAUAGGGAUAAGAGUGUCAACCAUGGUGGGGGACUGCCUCCAUCGGGGAGGUAUUCAAGUUUUUCACCACCAGGUAGCAGUUAUGGUGUGAAACCAGAGCAAUCAGGGUCAUCGACUCUUCCUCCAAUUGGGCCUGGGGGCAUUUCAGAAUCAACUCAUUUUGGUCAUGGGAUGUCAUCUGAUUCUAGUCGGUUUAGCCAUGAUAUUAGCAGAAUGCCUGAUAACCCGCCUAAGAAUUUGGGCCAUCGACGAGCCCACUCAGAGAUUCUUACCCUCCCUGAUGAUAUUAGCUUUGAUAGUGAUCUUGGAGUUGUUGGUGGAUUAGAUGGGCCUUCAUUCUCUGAUGAUACUGAAGAUGACCUGUUAUCUAUGUAUCUAGACAUGGAUAAGUUCAAUUCCUCAUCUGCUACUUCUGCUUUCCAAGUUGGCGAAUCAUCUUCUUUGGCAGCUGGAGUUCUUGGUUCAUCAUCAACUGCAGCAUCAGCAUCCACAUCAUUGGCACCACCAAGUGAGAUAGUCUCUGGUAUUAGUGACAAGCCACGAGUUAGACAUCAGCAUAGCCAGUCCAUGGAUGGGUCAACAACAAUCAAGCCUGAGAUGCUCACAUCAGGUGCAGAAGAGCCAUCUCAGGCUGAUGCUAAAAAAGCAAUGUCUGCUGCUAAGCUUGCUGAGCUGGCUUUAAUUGAUCCAAAGCGUGCAAAAAGGAUAUGGGCUAAUAGACAGUCAGCUGCAAGAUCAAAGGAAAGGAAGAUGAGAUAUAUUGCAGAACUUGAAAGGAAAGUCCAGACCCUGCAAACAGAAGCAACUUCCUUGUCUGCGCAGCUUACUCUGUUGCAGAGAGACACAAAUGGUUUGACUGCUGAAAACAGUGAACUUAAAUUGCGGUUGCAGACAAUGGAACAACAGGUUCACCUGCAGGAUGCUCUGAAUGAUGCACUGAAGGAGGAAAUUCAACACUUGAAGGUGCUAACUGGACAAAUUCCCAAUGGGGGACCUAUGAUGAACUAUCCUCCCUCCUUUGGAGCCAACCAAUAUUAUUCCAGUAACCAUGCGAUGCACACAUUGCUAACUGCCCAACAGUUCCAACAGCUCCAAAUUAAUUCUCAAAAGCAGCAGCACCAGUUUCAGCCGCAUCAAAUGCACCAGUUUCAGCAGCACCAGCUGCCACAAUCUCUAAUCCAACAACAGGAUCAUCCGAUGCAACAAACAGGUGACUUGAAACUGAGAGGUUCUCUGCCAACUCCUGCACAAACUGAUAAUGCUUCGGAUACGAGUGCCUCAUUAUCGAAGGAUUGAUUGAAACUCUUAUCGGACAUGUUGGCAUUUAUUCAGAAUCUUUAUGAGGGACCUAGUUAAGCUUCCCCGAACUCGUUGGGGUGGUUAUAGAUACAUCUACAUGUUAUUUAUAUCUAGGUAGUGCAUUGAAUUUUAGUUGAAAAUUAACUUUUGGAGGGUAUAUUCGUUUAAAAUGUCAGCUUCAUGUAUACAAUCAGUUCCAUUGUUCUAUAUAUUUACCCGAAAUGGUAGGCCUGUUGUAUGUAGAUGACUCUGAAAUUUUAGAUUUCCAUCCUGUCUAUCAUCAGCAUGGAGACAAUUAGUUUCUCA